GAAGCCUUGCCUCAAGAUUUAUCAUUUUCCUAAAACCCUCACUAUUUCUGUGCACUUCAGCGUUCACUCUUCAACCUCAAAUCUCCCGGUCUGAAACACCAAAAUCUUCACAAAAUAAAGCCCUCACAAUAACCAAGAAUGAUUUUACAGAGAACAGUUUGCCGUCGCCAUUUUCACACACUUUUCAAGCUCCAAAGCCCUUCGCUGUAUUUCACAAAUCCUCAUACACUAACCUCAAUUUCUUCAAAACGCAACCAUUUUUCAUUUCUUUCUUCUAUUUUUCAAAGACCCGUCUCUCUUUUAGGUCAUUUUGAGCACAAAGAGUCGGGAAAUUGUGAGGAAAAGAAUCAGAAAGCGAAUAAACGAUUGAGCGUUUACUUCAAACAAGCUGUUGGGCUUUCAGGAGAUAUUAGAAAUAACAAUAUUGAAAUUGAAAGUGACACUCAUAAUGCGGAGUUGAAGAAGAAACUGAAGAAGUUGGAGGAAGAAGUGAGGGGUUUGAACGAGGAAAAACCGAGGGAGGUUUUGAAGACAAAGAUUCCAUCAUUUGACGGGGUUUCGAAAAAUGAGGUUAAAUCGAGUUUAUAUGCAUUGUUUGCAAAUAAUGGGUUGAAAAAAAAUGAAAUGUCGGGGGAGAUAUAUUCUUAUGGAAUUGAAGAUCCGAGGGUUUACAAAAAGCUUUCCCCUGAUAUGGAAUUGUUCGUGUAUCAUCUGUACAAGGAUGGGUACUUCAAGGAUUCAAAUUUCUUGCGGAAGAAUAAGUUUGAUCUCACUUGUUUUGAGAACAGUUAUGCUCGUGAAUUUAUAAAGCACGCGGCUGUGACUUUUGGUAAUGAUAACCAGGAGAUUGCAAAGUGAGAAUUUGUUCUAUUGCACUUUGUGAAUUCUUUAUCUUAACUGUUUAUUUUUGAAUUGCUGUUUCUUAUAUUCUACAAUUUAAGCCCCUUUUGAUUCCCAUUCUUUGGCCACUAAAAUGAAAAAUGUUCGUUAUCCAUCUCACAUCAAGUGACUUGACUGUCCAUAACGGCUAUAUAUUCUCAUUUUGGUACCAAAAAUAUGAUGAUUGAGUUACUUUAUUCUUAUGGUAUCAUGAGCUCAAAAAUCAUUUAAAUAGUAUACAAGGAACAUAUUAAGGCACCUAAAAUUCGUGAAUAUAUUAAAAUUCAUUUAUUUGGUUUUCCGAAUGAUUGGAGGAAACUUGUAUGUGUACGGACUCUUAUAAUAGAUGAAGUUUCUAUAUUGCCUAAUGGAAAUUUCUAGUUCUAUGUUUUUAACAUAAUAUGCUAGCUAUAUUGCAGAACACAUGAUUUAGGGGUUGUUAUUUGUCCCACGAGUUCAAACUUGGUGUUAUUAUGUGAAAAAAUUAUUAGCAAACACUAAGUGCUUGUUUGGUAUGGAUU